CAGAAGCCGAAGCUGGGCGGGGCUUCCUGGAGCCGCGGGGAAGGCAGUGCCGGAACUUGGGUCCUGCACUCAACAGUGAUGUCUAGUGCCUAGGUGCAGAAGAGACAGACCGAGACCGUGCUUACGAGCCCGGGAUUUCUCCGGAGAGAAACUGGUGCACGCUCGGGUUGCGUUGAGGACCUACUACAGAGCCUCCACCCUGCAGCCUCACCAAAGGCCCAAAGGCCCACGAGUGGAAAGGUCAUCCCGACCGGGUAUUGGUGUCGGGGACAGUCAGCACCGCGGACGCGGAAUAACAGAGGAAGACAGAGUUCGCCGGAACCCCUAGCUGCCUGUUCUCGUAGGUCGAGGUGGAGCAAAGGCUCCAUCCUGGGGCAGCGUCGGCCCAUCACACCGCGCUCUUCGUGUUUUGGAGAAGACCCCCCUACCGCUCUCAAACUCGAGGUCCCAACACUGCAGAAGCUCAUACUGCGUCCAUUUGAAGAACGACCCCGAAAGUCAGAAAAGUUGGUAUUGGGGCGAAAUGAAGUGUUCCACCCACUCAAGCAAGUAGGGUACAUCUGUGUCAGACGCAAAUGACAUGUUUUCAACACUUUUUGAAAUUUCAAAGAAACGAAUAAGCACGUCCUCAGAAAAACUCAGGCUUUUACUCAGGUCGUGCAGGCCUGGGGUUGCACGCUCACCCCGGUCGCCGCCCGGGGUGCAAGCUCGGCUUGUUCUAUUCAUCUAGCAGGCAGAUAACCGAGAGCUGGCCAGAAGCCUCUCACGGACGGCUCUCUGAACCACCGUGAGUGCCUUCACUGCGUUCAGCCGUCCGGCUUGUCUCUUACUCUAGGGAGCAUUUCCACCGGAUCUGCCGCGUGUCCCGGCAACCGUUGCUAGGGGGCGGGGCUCAUCUUACCGAAGCCCCGGAUGCCCGCGGCUCACGAAUAUUUGGGUAUUCAAAUGAGCCCCGCCCCCGUUGCCAUGGCGCCAGGCCUGCAACCCCAUCGCGGUGGUAAAAAUAAUAAUUAAAAAAAAAAGCCCUCACCUGAGAGAGCGACCGCCGCGGUGGAGGGGCCUAGUGCUGCGCCCCAAGUCUUGGGCACUCUGGCCCACCCCUCAGGUGUUACAUGUAGACACAUGUGGCCCCCUUGCCCGGAUGUUUGACCUACAGCAGGAGCCGGCUACCUUCAGGUUGGACUUGGAUGGACCCAGCCUGGGAUGGAUCCCAGGGGUCUCGACCAGGCACAGCUAGUAUCCGGGUACGGGAGCUGAGCUGGCAGGGCCUAAACAACCCCCACCCACAAAACAAGAGACUGGGCAGCCAUGGGGAUAUCCAUAGGGAGCGGUGGGUGGAGGAGCGCCUAUCCCCUGCUCGACUGAGUCCUCAGCCAAGAGCAUGGAGAGAACCUGGAGUGACACCUGAUGAUUUCUGCAGCAGGCCCUGGCCCAGGUAGAUGACCUCCAACUGGUGAGGGUGCUGGAGAUGUGUGUGGACACCCGUAAGAACAGCCUGGGGAACUUCGGAUUGUACCUCCCUAACCUGAUCCAACUGAAGCUGAACCACAGCUACCUGGGCUCCCUCAGAGACCUGGGCACUUCGCUGGGCCACCUGCAGGUGCUGUGGCUGGCUCGCUGUGGCCUGACUGACUUGGAUGGCAUUGGCUCCUUCUUGGAACUGAAGGAACUUUAUGUCUCCUACAACAACAUCUCGGACCUGAGCCCACUGUGCCUGCUCGAGCAGCUAGAGGUGCUGGACCUGGAGGGCAACAAUGUGGAGGACCUGGGGCAGAUGCGGUACCUGCAGCUGUGCCCACGCUUGGCCAUGCUCACACUGGAGGGGAAUCUGGUGUGCCUGAAGCCAGAUCCUGGCCCUUCCAACAAGGCGCCCCAGGGCUACAACUACAGAGCAGAGGUAAAGAAGCUCAUCCCCCAGCUGCACGUCCUUGACGAGGUGCCCACUACAUGCACCAGUGCGCCUGCGCCCCAGACGCUGAGCCAGGACUGGCUGAUGGUGAAGGAAGCCAUCAAGGAAGGCAGCGUGCUUGACAUUCUCCUCCCUCGGCUGGAUGAUCCCCAUGGAGCCACCAUUCGGAAAUUUGACCCAACCUUGCCUGUGCCUGAGACCCAGCCAUGGGCCUUGUCCCUGCUGGUCCCUGGGGGCCCCUUGCCUGAAGGUCUGCUUUCUGAGAACCCAGCCACAGAAGACCAUGCCAGCAACCUCACCCAUGGUCCUGGUCAAGUUCUCUGUGGGAACCCCACCAAAGGCCUUCGGAAACGUAGAAACCAGUACCAGGAAUGGGCACCCCUGGAACAGAUGCCCCCACAUAGGCCAGAUCUGGCCAUCAGACCCUCCACCCCAAGGCCUGACCCUGCAGAAAGCUGUGACCUGGCCAUGACUGGGCUUCGGGCUUGGACGGAGCCUGGCCUGCGUCCUCUUCUCCAAAGACAGCUGGAGUUCCAGCAGGAAAGAUCUGCUCAGGUCCAAGCCCAGGACCCACAGAAGGAUCCUGUAGAACAGGAAGACCAGACUGGACCCAAGACUUCCCUAACCCCGCCACGCCUGGUCUCAGAACUUUCCAGGACAUCAGGCUUUCAUUUGAUCCCUUCUCCCCCAAAGUACCCAAUGCCACCUGAGUCAGGCAUCAGCUCCUUGGGGAGAUCUGCAGACCUGCCCUUCAGAGGACGUAGGCUUAGAGUUCUGGGCAGCUUGGGGCCUAGCCUGGGUGAGGGGUCUGUCCUGGGUGAGAGGUUGGCUGCAGUGACUGCCUUGAGAGCCCUGGAGGCGUCCUCAGGCCCCAGCCAUCGAGCCCAGGGAUGUCCAGACCCAAAGCCAGCACUAGGUCCAGCAGCUUGCCCUCCAGGGCUCCACUGCCUUCAUCACCUGAACCCUAUCCCUCCAGCCCAUUCUCUCCCUUAGUGUAACCUUCCCUUGCUGAUAUCUCUUGGCCUAGGUGGGGCCACAGUGAAGUAGGUGGAGCUGGGGCUGGACCCUUUAGAUAUCCCAGGACUCUGGGUCAUCUAUAUGGCCCAAAUUCUGAGCCUGCUUAUCCUAGGGUUCAAAAUUGCGCAAGCAUCCUGGGAAGAUUUGCAGGUUUCCUUAUGUGGGGGCAGUUCCUUUCUGUUGGGACACCAUAUACCCUCUGUAAAAGCCAAGCGAAUCAUUUUCAACUCUCAGGUAUGCAGAAAUGUGCUUUACUUUGCAAGCAAUGGUUGGUUCAAUAAAUUAUGAAGUUGUCACUGCC